AUGAGAGUAGUGGCCUUAAUCAGUGGUGGGAAAGACAGCUGUUACAAUAUGAUGCAGUGUGUUGCUGCCGGGCAUCAGAUUGUUGCUCUAGCCAAUUUAAGACCUGCUGAAAACACAGGGCAGACUGAUGAAUUGGACAGCUAUAUGUAUCAGACAGUAGGACACCAUGCCAUUGACCUAUAUGCUGAUGCGUUGGAUUUGCCACUCUAUCGUGGUUUCAUAAAGGGUACCAGUGUUAAUACUGGAAGAGUGUAUACUACAUGUCAGGAAGAUGAGGUUGAAGACCUUUACCACCUCAUGAAACUUGUUAAGGGCAUCUCUAGUGUGACCUUGCCUGCUGAAUAUGAUGUUCGGUUGCAAGAUUCUCACAUGCAUUUGGAAAUGGGCAGCCGCAUUGUUUACAGGAUGCCAAAUGAACUGUGCACUCACAGCAAGUUUGAUAAACACACAUUUCCUCCUUUUAUCAGUGAGAUUGCAGAAUGUGAAGUAUGA